AAGGCUGUAGUGGAGUGAGGCUACCGAUCUGAGUGCAGCCCAGGCUCCUUGUUUGGGAUCUGGGAGGGUGUGGUGAGCAGGGAUGGGAACUACAUAAGUACACCACAAGCCAGUGAGUGGUACACCAUCACCAAGUGACUAAAUCCCCCCCGGCCCAGCACUGUCAGGUGUUUGUCUCCUGUAGGAGUAAGGAAGGAAAUUUGUGCUGAAAAUGUGUGACGACGAGGAAAGCACUGCCCUUGUGUGUGACAAUGGAUCAGGACUGUGUAAGGCAGGCUUCGCCGGGGAUGAUGCUCCCAGAGCAGUGUUCCCCUCCAUAGUGGGUCGUCCCAGACAUCAGGGAGUGAUGGUAGGAAUGGGCCAGAAAGACAGUUACGUUGGCGAUGAGGCGCAAAGCAAAAGGGGAAUCCUGACCCUCAAGUACCCUAUCGAGCAUGGCAUCAUCACAAACUGGGACGACAUGGAAAAAAUCUGGCAUCACUCUUUCUACAACGAGCUCCGUGUGGCUCCAGAGGAGCACCCUACUCUGCUGACAGAAGCCCCUCUCAAUCCCAAAGCCAACAGGGAAAAGAUGACCCAGAUCAUGUUUGAGACCUUUAACGUCCCAGCCAUGUAUGUAGCUAUCCAAGCAGUGCUCUCCCUCUAUGCUUCUGGUCGUACAACAGGCAUUGUCCUUGACUCUGGUGAUGGUGUCACUCACAACGUGCCCAUUUAUGAGGGCUACGCUCUUCCGCAUGCCAUUAUGCGUUUGGACUUGGCCGGCCGUGAUCUCACUGACUACCUCAUGAAGAUCCUAACCGAACGAGGCUACUCAUUCGUCACCACUGCUGAAAGAGAAAUUGUCAGAGACAUCAAAGAGAAGCUGUGCUAUGUGGCACUGGAUUUUGAGAAUGAGAUGGCCACUGCAGCCUCUUCCUCCUCACUGGAAAAGAGCUAUGAGCUUCCCGAUGGACAGGUCAUCACCAUUGGCAAUGAGAGGUUCCGCUGCCCUGAGACACUGUUCCAGCCAUCCUUUAUCGGAAUGGAAUCUGCUGGCAUCCAUGAAACCACUUACAACAGCAUCAUGAAAUGCGAUAUUGAUAUACGUAAGGACCUGUAUGCCAACAACGUGCUGUCUGGUGGUACCACCAUGUACCCUGGCAUUGCAGACAGGAUGCAGAAGGAGAUCACUGCUUUGGCCCCCAGCACCAUGAAGAUCAAGAUCAUCGCCCCACCUGAGCGCAAGUACUCAGUAUGGAUUGGCGGCUCCAUCCUGGCUUCCCUCUCCACCUUCCAGCAGAUGUGGAUAAGCAAGCAGGAGUAUGAUGAGGCUGGGCCAUCCAUUGUGCAUCGCAAGUGCUUCUAAAGGACACCUCCAACUCCCUCCUGUUCCCCUAAUUCUGCUAUUGCUUCAUAGCCUGUAAACUGUGAACAUGCCCUUUACUUCCCUCUAUUGUUUUGUUUUUGCACUGCCCACAUCUGUUUUGAUUUUAAUUAUGUCAUGACAAUAUAGUGUUAUUCUCAAUGGGAUGAAAAGCUUGAUUGUGCUGCCAAUAUGAAAGAUUUGGGAGAUUCCUUGGUGUAGUGGGAAUCCAGAGAUGAGGAUAGGGUGUCAAGGAACAGGGCUCAUUCUUCUUUUUGUGUUCCAAUUCUACGAGGUAACACAACUGCAUGUCGGCUUUCAGGCAGUCUGUAUGGAUAUCAUAUGAUAACUAAUGAAGGAAUAAAGCUCUGCAAUAAUAA